CACGCUGCACUUCCUGGUUCCUGCUCCUCCCAGUUCAAAGAUGGCAGCCAUGGGACAGAGAUGAGAGACGACACGAAUUUAGGAGUUUGGUCAUGAAACCUCAUGGGGUUGAACAGCUGUUACGUGCUUGGUUUUGACAUGACAACGAUAUCAUUUGUGGCUGCCGAUGUGUCGUCCUGGGCAAACAUUUAAAGGUUUCAGAAAUAUCAUGUUUUCCUGGGAGCUAAGCUAGCAAGCUGCGGUUAGCCCAUAAAUGAACCUGUGUCUUCUGCCAUACAAGAAGGAAGCAGCUGCUUUGCAUACGGCUCAUUGACAUUUUGCAAGCUCAAAAUCAUCAUGGCCAUCACUCAGUUCCGUCUUUUCAAGAUCUGCACAUGUUUAGCCAGCUUACUUUCUUUCUUUAAGAGGUUAAUAUGCAGGAGUGGAAGGGGGCGCAAGCUCAGUGGUGAUCAAAUAACCCUCCCGACAACAGUGGAUUUUUCAUCAUCUGUACCAAAACAGGCAGAGAUUGAGGAAUGGAGCUCCUGGGAUGAAGAGGCUCCUACAAGUAUUAAGAUCGAAGGUGGGAAUGGGAACGUUUCCCCCUCAGGUAACGAGGCGGAUGAUGAGCCCGACUACUUCAAAGACAUGACCCCCACCAUCAGGAAAACACAGAAGAUCGUGCUGAAGAAGAGGGAGCCUUUGAACUACACUGUGCCUGAUGGCUCAGCAGGUUUCUCCAGCAGACUGGCCGCCUCUCAGGAUAUGAUGAACUUCAGUCCACCUUCAGCGGAGCUGGGAGAAAUGGAUACCUGGCAGGAGGACGCGAACGCCUGGGAGGACGAGUCUGAUGCUGCCUGGGAGACAGAGGAGGUGCUCAGACAACAGAAGAUGGCUGAGAGAGAAAAGCGGUCUAUGGAGCAGCAAAGGAAGAAGAUGGAAAAAGAGGUCCAGAGGAUGAUGAAGAAGGAGCAAAAGAUUGCAGUCAAGCUCUCGUAACAUUUUAGAAAUGCUCAGUGUUGAGCGGAAGAGAUGGGGGAGGGGGGGAGGGCAAAGACUCUAAAUCAUUUGUUAAUCUCUCUUUAAAGUAAUUAAAACAUCCAGGAUUACUAGCCCACACUACUCAUCUGUUAGCAAACUUUCCUCCUUCUCCACCCUGUUCCCACCAGCAGCCAUAUUUGUCUGCUUUUCAGCUGCAGCAGUGUGAAGUGCAUCAUUCUUGAGGGGAGAUUACGCACCAGCUUUAAUUUCAGCUCAUGUUGCCAGUUCAUAUUUUGUCUUCAAGGGAGAACUGUUUUCAUGUGAUCCGGUCUAUCUUGUGUACAAAGUGAGCUGCAGCAUCUGACGGCCCCGUGUAGAUUUAAAUCAAACUGUCGGGUAGCUUAGAAAAAUGUUCGACUUUUUUUCUUUUCUUCCAAGGAACAUCUGUAAAUAAACAGGUACCUGUGCUACCUUUUGAGACUCAAUCAGGGUGCACUAGCCCUUUUCUUUGUCUUAUUUAUAAAGUCAAAUGACAGAGGAGUAUAAUUCAUUUUAAGCAUCACUGUCCUCCAGUGACAUCCCUUGGUUUGCUUAAUUAUUGUGUUUUUAUAUUUAUGUCUUUCACUGUCUGAUACUGAUUUCUUUGUUAUGAAUGUUGCUUGAUAUUUCAUGAUCUCCCUGUGUUGUAAUCUGGAAAUGAGCAUUAAAAUGAUGGCAGAAGAUUUUCAAUAUUAGUAUGAAUAAACGACCACAGGCUAGAGCGUAGCCCGUCUCUAAAUGUUAGCUGUGGGUUCCUAUGGUAAUCUCAUGGCUACAGAUGUAUCACUACAUCGCUGCUUCUGAUAUUGAGGGAAAAUAUUCAGUGAUCACAGCGCUGCUUUUUUUCAUGGGGUGGGGAUGUUACUUUGCUGUUAAAUAGUUGAUACACUGACUGAAGAGGCACAGACCUUAUGAAAUAUAAAUCAGUAUCAGAGUGUAUUCUCAGUCUGGAUUUCUAAGCUGAAUAUAAGGCUGACAGUGGAAGCUCAUGGUUUUCACCACACCCUUUGGACUGAGCAUCCUGUUAUUCAUUAUCUAAAGUUACCAGCCACUAUUGGAGGUUUUUGAUAACAGUGGGAAGAGGCUAACUGAUGAAAUAUGGUCUCAUGUCCAUGAAGUUUGGUGAAUGACUUACUCGGGUGGGGGCGAGGGAGGCAAGUUUCCCGUCUGAAUGUUACGACUGAGGUUCAUUAAAGCUUCUAAAUAGUGGAUGAAAUGA